UGUCAAAUUAUUCUGACGACUGACGAGUGUUUUUAAAGCGUCAUAAAAAAAAUAAAUUUUAUUCAAAUCUAGAAAAAAAAUUAAAAUGGUUACACUAGGUCCUAAAAAAGACGGGGGACCCAAUUUGGAGUUUUUCCAAUCUGCAGAAAGUUUACAGGGGUUUGAAACUAUUCGUCAGUGGUUACAAAAAACAUGUAAAAAGACUAUUGCAUGUAGUACGGAAUCCUUAACUAAAGAAUCUCUCUCACAACUCGUUAUUCAGUUUUUACAAUAUCAAGAAGCGAAAUUGGGAAAAAAUGCUCAAGAGCCACCAACAUUGCGAAUACCAAUGCGAUUUUUUCAUGACUUUAAACCUGGUGGUGGGCUUUGCGUGAUUUUGUCAACUAUGUUUCGUUUUCGGGCAGAACAACGUGGGAAGAAAUUUGAUUUCAGUAUAGGCAAAAGCACUUCUAGAAAAGAUCCUAAUAUCCAAAUGAUUAUGGAUAUUGAAUCAGCAUUGGUUGAAUCUGAAUUAUAUCGGUUGCCCGAAGUAUUUCUACGUCCAGAAAUCGAUAAAAAUUUAGUAAACAAACUAAAAGAUAUUCUGCAAGCUCGGCGAAUUGAAAUUGCAGAAGAGGAAGAUGAGGCUACCCAUGUUGUAUACCCGAUUGUUGAUCCACAUCCGGAUGAGUAUGCAAGACCAUCGUUCAAACGCGGCGGUAACAUCAUGCUCCAUUGGUACUGCUUUCCUGAUUCUUAUGAUUCAUGGGUUCCCGCUUCGCAAUUAGAAAUACCAGACAACAUUCCGGAUAAUCCUGCAUCACCUGACGAUAAAAUCAGAGUGUCAGCUUCAUGGAUUUUAGAUUUGGAGCAAUACAACGAGUUAAUGAUUGAGGAAGACUACGAAGUUGAUGAACAAGGAAAGAAAAAAAUGCACCGCCUCAGAUUAUCAGUCGAAGAUUUGAUGUCUGCAAUGGAAGAUAAAAAGCGACAUGCUCCUGCAAGUAGUUCUAAGCAGAAAAGGCGCAGAAGUCCGUCUCCAACAGCAAAAUCUGGAAAAAGAAAGCGUUCUCCGGCGGCAUCAACGAAGAAAUCCCGUGUUGGAGAAGGUGCAGAAGAUGAAGAAGAUUUAACUCGCGAUAUGGAAGAUCCCCAACCCGAACCAAACAUAACCGAAGUAAGUAAAGCUCCAGUUCCGAACUCAUCAACAUCAAGUCCAGCACCUGGAUCUAAAUCAAGAGAUAAUGAUAUGAUGCCUAUUAAAGGUGGAACUGUCACUGAUUUGGAUGAAGAAAUGGCGGCAACUGCAGCUGGAGAAGACUCGCAAACAGGAAAAACCAGUGAAAAUAGUGCUACUCAAGAGUUUGCUCCUAAAGACGAUAUUGAAGAUAAUGUUACAGAACAAACUCAUCAUAUAAUUGUGCCAUCAUAUUCAGCUUGGUUUGAUUAUAACUCCAUUCAUGUAAUUGAAAAGCGUGCUAUGCCUGAAUUUUUUAAUGGAAAAAACAAAUCAAAAACUCCAGAAAUAUAUAUGGCUUACAGGAAUUUUAUGAUCGACACCUAUAGAUUAAAUCCAACAGAAUAUUUAACAAGCACAGCCUGUCGUCGCAAUUUGGCUGGCGAUGUUUGUGCUAUAAUGAGGGUACAUGCCUUUCUCGAGCAAUGGGGUCUAAUCAAUUAUCAAAUUGAGGCAGAACUUCGGCCGACACCGAUGGGCCCUCCUCCGACUUCUCAUUUUCACAUAUUAAGUGACACUCCAUCAGGUUUGCAGCCAAUUAAUCCUCAGAAAACUCCGCAACCAUCAGCUGCUAAGGCAUUAUUUGAUUUAGACAAGAAACCUAAAGUUGAAAAAGAUGCAGAUCCCGUAACAACAUCUACUGGCACUACGCAGACAACAACUGUCAGCACUACAACUACAACUACAGCAGCAAACACCACCGCGGGUACAACCACUACACCUGCCACAACUACAACUACCACGACGGUAGCCACUACUAGUGCUUCAGUUACUGGACCACCUACUCCAACGGUAAUUCCUCAAAUUAAAGUUGAACCUGGACUUGAUACCUGUGGGCAAUUUGGACUACGGCUAGACCAGUAUGCUAAAAAGCCAGCGGCAAUGCGUAAUAAAACUGCUGCAAGUUUGGCUCGAGAAUGGACAGAUCAGGAAACUCUUUUGUUAUUGGAAGGAUUAGAAAUGUAUAAAGAUGAUUGGAACAAAGUAUGUGAACAUGUUGGUUCUAGGACACAAGAUGAAUGCAUUUUGCAUUUCUUACGGUUACCAAUUGAAGAUCCGUAUUUGGAAGACGAUGGAGGGUUUUUAGGACCUCUAGCACAGCAACCAAUUCCGUUCAGCAAAUCUGGAAAUCCCAUAAUGUCCACAGUUGCUUUCUUAGCGUCUGUGGUUGAUCCAAGAGUAGCUGCAGCCGCAGCAAAAGCUGCCAUGGAAGAAUUCGCUGCUAUCAAAGACGAGGUGCCAUCAUCUUAUCUUGAUGCUCAUAUUAAGAAUGUAGAAAAAUCAAAUAUUGGUGGAAAAUUUGAUCCUUACGCCGGUUUGACUGAAAGUGGUAUAGCUGGAACUGAGGAAGAAGAAGAUAGGUCGCAGACAGGGCAUGAUGAAGAAAUGAGGGAUUUAUCAAAAAAAGAUGGAGUGGAGGUAAAAACUGAAAACGACAAAGAAUUGAAACCUGAAGAAUCGUCUACGGAAUCCUCACAAUCAACCGCUACGAGCACAGAGGCUACGAACGGGUCAAAAGAUAAUGGGGAUGGAAAUCGUAAACAACAACUAUUUAAUGAAUCUAAUUUACAAGCUGCAGCUUCUGCUGCUUUGCAAUCAGCUGCUGUAAAAGCUAAACAUCUAGCUGCUUUGGAAGAACGUAAAAUAAAAUCUCUUGUAGCUUUAUUAGUUGAAACUCAAAUGAAAAAGUUGGAAAUAAAACUUAGACAUUUUGAAGAACUUGAAACUACAAUGGAAAGAGAAAGGGAAGGUCUAGAAUACCAACGUCAACAAUUAAUCACAGAAAGACAACAAUUUCACUUAGAACAACUAAAAGCUGCUGAAUUUCGUGCAAGACAACAAGCACAUCAAAGGCAUCAGCAAGAGCAACAAGGUAGUCAAUGGCAACAAAGUGCGAGUGGUCCAUCAACAACUACUUCAUCUACUGCAACUACUGGAUCAACAACCACCUCUAACGCCUCGGGAGCAAAUUCUUCAACAUCACAAACUACAACUGCUGCCUCUACUGGUAGUUCAAACACGAAAUCGAAUACAACACCAUCAUCAAGCAACACAAAUGAACAAACAGGAAGUACUGCAUCCGAAGCUUCGCCUGGUGCUGAGUCACAGUCAUCAUCGAAUACGCCAACAACUUCAGCUAAUAUUAAUCAACCGCCACCAUUGCAACCUCCAACACAACCUUAGGAUAUAUCAAUGCCUAUUAGGGCCAUCAGAAAAUUUCGCGGUGGCAUGUCUGGAGGAAGUUUUACAUUAAUUUAGAUUUUUAAUUUUAGUAUAAUUCAAUUAUUAAGAUAGGUUCUAUUUAAGUUUAAGAAUUUGUCAUUUAUUUCAAAUGUAUUUUAAACAUAUUUCAUAUUUCUCUCGUUCUUUUUUUCCUUUUAAGAAAAAUUAAACAAAAAUUUUUUUUUGUAUUGUGUAUAUUAUAAUUUCCAUGAAGCAACCGUAUAAAUAUAUUUUAGGUCUAUAUUUCAAAAGAUAUAAAUUAUUUUUAUAGGAAUUAAUGUGAAGGAAAAAUACAGUUUGACUAAUAGGCAUGAUUAAAUAAAAAUCAAAAUACAAUUUACCAAACCAAAUUGAAAAAUCAAUUUAAAAAAUAUAUAUUAUGUGUAUGUAAAAGCUAGGAGGUUUAAUAAUACCUCAUUUCAUCAACAUUUUCAAUUUUAACCUAAUAAAAAUAUAUAAAAUAAUUGGAUGAUUCAUACGAAAAAUAAAUAUUAAAAGUAGUAUGUAUACAUAUUUCAAGAAAAAAUUUAAUUACUCAUUUUAAUCAUUGUAACUCAAUAGUAUUAAAAAUAAAAAUUAAUUACCC